AUGUGUGCUGAUGAUAUGGCCCCGGAAUAUGCGGAGAAAAUAUCUUAUAAUUGGCUGCUUCAAUUCCUGAAACUUGACAUUAAGAAACUGAUCACGAUGUUCAUCCUCGAGUACCAUGAAAAAGACGGUACGAAGUUCGGUAUACUCGAAAAGGGUUCUUAUAAUAUCUCCUUCCGGAUGAGGUACCGAAACUAUGCUGUUAUUAUACGCCUAUCUCAGCCCGGUGCGGUAUUUUCCCCUAAGGAUAAAGUCAUGAACGAAGAUGCUACAAUGCGAUUUCUUAUAGACUAG